AUGAAAAUAAGGUUUCUCCGGCAGCGUUCGUGUCGCCGGGACAUGGAAUCCGCAUCGUCACGCGGCGGAGAUAUCGUCGGGAAUGAUAAAGCCUCGUUUGCUGUUUCGCAUUUCCAGACCGUUGUCUGUUUUGCCUUCGGAUUCUUCCUUUCGAGGCUUUUCCUCGAUAGAUUCGUCUUUCAUAGAAUAGCUGUGUGGCUUUUGAGUACUGGUUCUUCGCCAUUAAAACUGAACGACGCGACUCGUGUGAAAAUCAUCAAAUGCAAAGAGUCCUUGUGGAAAUUGCUGUACUAUGCUGGUUGUGAAAUAUUCGUUCUCAGAUUAGUGUAUCAAGAGCCGUGGUUUGGAGAUAUAAAGCUCUACUUUGACGGAUGGCCAAAUCAAGAGCUCAAGUCUUCUCUAAAGCUUUACUAUAUGUGCCAGUGCGGGUUCUAUGUUUAUAGUGUUGCUGCUUUGGUUGCGUGGGAGACCAGAAGAAAGGACUUUGCUGUUAUGAUGUCUCAUCACAUAAUCACCAUCAUCCUUAUUGGCUCCUCCUUCUUAGUGGGAAUUGGAUCAAUCAUCCUUGCCAUCCAUGACGCGAGUGACGUGUUUAUGGAAUCUGCCAAAAUUUUCAAGUAUUCGGGAAAGGAACUUGGAGCAAGUGUGUGUUUUGGAUUAUUUGCUAUAUCUUGGUUCUUGCUACGGUUGGUAUACUUCCCGUUUUGGAUCAUCAGGGCUACCUCGGAACUACUGGCAUAUUUGGAUAUGACAUCGGUAAAAGGCACAUUGAUGUACUAUGGCUUCAAUACAAUGCUACUAAUGCUAUUAGUUUUCCAUAUUUAUUGGUGGUAUCUCAUUUAUGCGAUGAUCAUGAGACAGCUUCAAAACAGAGGAAAAGUGGGAGAAGACAUAAGAUCAGAUUCGGAGGAUGAUGAUUAGGGUUUUACUAGAGGCUGUGGUGAAAAAUGGUGGUGUCCACAUAUCUCGAGUGACAAUUUUAUCAUUGAUGAGUAAAGAGAAAACAGUUAUUAUUGUUUUGUUGCAAUUUUGGAUAAGAAAAUAGUGCAGGAAAGUUUUGUUUUCCUUUUUGUAAAUGAAAAAUUCAACCCUUUUAUAUGGUUUAUAAAUUAUAACUAAUUUAGUUGACACUGUUAAAUCCUUAAAGAAGCUUGGCUAUAUGUAUGGUUAAAACGGAAACAUGGGCCAAUUGGCUAUAAUGUGUAUCCAUG